AUGUAUGUAAUACAACAACCACAAAGGUCACAGGAAGUCCAGUACAAUUAUCCCUUACGACAACCACAAAGGUCGCAGGAAGUCCAGUACAAUUAUCCCAAACAACAACCACAAAGGCCACAGGAAGUCCAGUACAAUUAUCCCAAACAGCCAAAAACAUCACAGGACAUCCAGUACAAUUAUCCCAUACAUCAACCACAAAGGUCACAGGAAGUCAGGUACAAUUAUCCCAAACAACAACCACAAAGGUCACAGGAAGUCCAGUACAAUUAUCCCUUACAACAACCACAAAAGGUCACAGGAAGUCAAGUACAAUUAUCCCUUACAACAACCACAAAGGUCACAGGAAGUCCAGUACAAUUAUCCCUUACGACAACCACAAAGGUCGCAGGAAGUCCAGUACAAUUAUCCCUUACAACAACCACAAAGGUCGCAGGAAGUCCAGUACAAUUAUCCCUUACAACAACCACAAAGUUCACAGGAAGUCCAGUACAAUUAUCCCAUACAACAACCACAAAGGUCACAGGAAGUCUAGUACAAUUGUCUCAUAUUAAAACUAUGAAGGUCACAUGA